CCUUGUGUGGUUGUCACCAAAACCGUCCCGUCUUGUCCACUUUCAUUCCUCUUCUCCAUUGUUGAAGCUCUGACUUCUGUUUGCAUUGAUUGUCCAAACAAGAAUCUCACCGUUCGAAUCUCAGCAGUGUAUAAAUACUCUGUUCUAGACUUGCGUCAACGAACCCUAUGCUCAACAUCGCGAACCGAACCUGAACGCACAAACGAGACACAUACAAAUUUCACACGAAAUACUACAAACAUGUCGCCGAGCGCAACUGAGAACGGCGCCAAGGCAAAUGGCGUCAUCGAGACAGAUCUUGGAAUUGUCCCCGUUCCCAAGGUGGAGGGCGAUUGGACGGUAGACAAGGCGGUUGAUACUAUCGGCACCGGGAAAUACACUGAAGCAUCCAACUCCCCAAUUGGCUACUUCCAUCUCCUCGAGCGCCUCAAGACCACCAAGCGCGAGGGCUGGAGGCGGUUUGACAUCAACCGAGGAGAGUCGAUUUCCGACCACAUGUACAGAAUGUCCAUGAUGACCAUGCUCGCCCCCGCCUCCCUUGCCGAGAAGAUCGACGUCAACAGGUGCAUCAAGAUGGCACUGAUCCACGACAUGGCCGAAUCCCUUGUCGGCGACAUCACCCCCGUCGACAACGUCCCAAAGACCGAGAAGAACAGGCGCGAAGCCUCGACCAUGGACUACAUCACAAAGCGAUUGUUGGGCAAUGUCGAUGGUGGAAAGCAGGGCGAGCAAAUACGUGCUAUCUGGCAAGAAUACGAGGACUCUAAGACGCUCGAAAGUCUAUUUGUCCACGACAUUGACAAGAUCGAACUACUUCUGCAGAUGGUAGAGUACGAAAAGCGCGGAAAGGGCAAGCUUGAUCUAGGCGAGUUCACUUUUGUCAAGACCAAGGUCGGACUUAACGAGAUGAGGGCCUGGGCAGACGAGAUUAUCAAGGAGCGCGAAGAAUUCUGGGCAGGAAAGGAGCAUAUUCGCCGUGACGGGGGUGAUGAAGGAGUCAUCACUCAGGAGAAGGAGAAGAUGCAAGAGGCAUACUAUGCCGGCCAUGGGCGGAAGGAGUAGAACUUGACGGCCAACGGACAUUGACAUCAUACCCCGUUGUUAUCAUCAGCCUUGGGAGACUUGUGGAGUGGAGGGGAGUUAUGGGAUUUGGGCGCUCGCAUGGGAUUUGUGAUUAUGGCAUCCAAAGGGCGCUGUCGCAUUCGACGUGGAUUUGUAUGGAAUACCCAGGUGAAAUCGGAUGAUUUGCACCAACAUCAUGAUAUCAUACAAGAGAAGCAUGAACUAAUAGCCAGACUAGCAUACCCGAUAGACCAUCAAUAUUGGCAUUAGAGUUUUGUGUUUCAACUUGUCCCCUCAACCCAGUAGGCUGCCGGGUAGUGACCCCCAAAGUCGUUGCGCCAACC